AGUUUAAAUUUUGUUCUGCACAAAAUACAGCGCUGUGCCGCCGAGUUUUUGUAUAAAUACGUCUAUGGAAUAGAAUUUUCAGCUUAUUGUCAGUUUAACGCUUUAAUAGUAAAGUUCACGCAGAGUUUAUUUAACUUUUGCCCGGUAUAUUGCAUUGAAGCUCAACACCUGUCAAUAUGUUCCGCUUGCUGCUGCUUACCGCCUGCUUGGCCGCGCCCGCCUACAGCUACUCAGCUGGUGCGCCCACAAACAUCUGCUCUAACGGUUUAACACCCGAACAUGGUGUCGAUGGUCAGUCCACGCCAGUGCCAUAUAGCUUCUCGGGCGACAGCAAGGCACAGAAUGGCAAGGUUUCACUCACACUCGGUGGCUCAAAUGGUUUUCUAGGCUUCGCGGUGCAGGCGCGUGAUGCCAACCAUAAGCCCGUGGGUAAAUUCAAAGUGGUCGAGGUCACCAAAUCGCAAACGUUGACUUGCAGCAAUGCUGAUGACACACUCACACACAAGAAGAUUCCACAUGACAGUCCCAUUAAGAGCGUCGCUUUCGACUGGGAUCCAGCAGGUUAUACUGGCAAAGUGAAAUUCGUUGCUACUGUUGCUCAAGACGGUGGCACCUACUGGAUUCGCAAGGUGCUCAAGGAAGUCGAAGUUUAAAUUCAAAGUUUGUGACUUGAAUGUUUAUUUUUUGUUUAGAAACUUAAUGCAUUUUUACAAAUUAACAUACAAUCUAAAAUAAAAAACCAUUUGUAGAAAUUAAAGUUGUGAAAUAAAACUGUAAAGUAUUUUUGUGUGAUAGAAGGAA